AUGUUGCGAUAUCACGUUCCCGUCCUCGUUGUCCUACAUGCCAUAGCGACGUCAGCUGCAGGUCCCUCCGCCCUCGCGUUGACACCAUCGUCCGAGUGGUAUGGCAUCGAUGGCAACUGGUCCACGUUGAGCUUCCAAGUCGGAAACCCUGGAGAAUCAGUCAACGUACUGGUGAGCACCUCACUGUCUGAGUUUUGGGUUGUCCAGUCAGGUGGCUGCUAUAACCGGGAGCCUCUUUGCGCAAAUGCCAGAGGAAACGUCUUUGACCCGGCUGGUUCGUCGUCGUGGGAUGCCCUCGGUGGUUGGCAGCUGGGGCUGGACUACCUGCAAAAUGAAGGCAAUGGUGACUAUGGCUUGGACACUGUCGUCGGCAAGACAUUGAACGGAGACAGAAUGCUCAUGGACCGCACAAUUGUUGCCGCCAUCAACACGACCGACUAUUACACCGGCUACAUUGGCCUAGGCAUCAAUCAAGGCAGAUUCGGUGACCAGGUUGCCGAGUCACCCUUAACCCAGGCAGUCAAGGAGUACGGACUGGUCCCCAGCUACAGCUACGGCUACACAGCUGGCGCAUCUUACAUGGGGAGCAGCGGCGUGCCGUGUUCUCUGACAGUCGGAGGUUAUGACGAGAGCCGCUUUACCACUCACAACACGGAGUUUGUCCUGGGCCAGAGUGGCACCACGCCUGUCACGUUGGUACGUGGCAUAUCAGUCACUGUGCCUGAAGACGAUACAAGACCAGGCAACUGGGAGGGAUCGGGGCCCCGGAUUCUGUCCAACAUGUCAACAUCCUUCACUGCCUUGAUCGACAGUUCUACGCCAUUCCUGUGGCUCCCUGCUCAGGUCUGCGACGAAUUCGCAGAUGCGUUCAAUCUGACAUACAACGACACCCUCGAGCUUUACACCUUUACCGACGACCAAUUCAACACGUUCUCGUCUGGCUGGGCCUACUCCUUCACCUUUUCCCUCUCUAGUUUCGAUAACACCGACGACUUUGGCCAUCCGCUCGACACCCCAGGAGUUGUCAACAUCACCAUCACAGCCGCCGCCUUUGCACAAGUCCUUCGUUACCCGUUCAUGGACAAAAUCAACUACGGCGACCCAUCAAUACCCUACUUUCCCCUACGGAGAACGGACAACACCACUGACACAUUCAUCAUCGGUCGUGCCUUCAUGCAAGAGGCCUACAUGGUCACCAGAUAUGACAGUGACGUCUUUUCUAUCUAUCAGGCUAAGUUCCCAGAGGAUCCCAUUGCCGACGCCAAGAUUGCCCAGAUCAAUCAGCCAGAGAACAGCCCUUAUCCGCCGCCGGCACCACAGCCGAGCUCGCGCAAGGGCCUGACGACGGCACAGAUUGUCGGCAUCGUGGUCGGCGUGAUUGGUGCAUGCCUUGUUGCUGUGCUUGCAGUGUGGUGGUGCUGCAGACGGCGCAGGAGAAUGAACGCCGCAACUGCCAGCAGUGAGAAGGACGCCAGCUCGUCCGUGGGCACAGAUGAGCCCAGUACACCUGUGGCGCGUAUCUUCUCGCGGAUUUUUGGGCGUGGCCGGCCGCCGCACCAGCCCGUGACGCACGAGGUGUCGGGCAACACCACGCAGCCAACCGAGGUUGGCGCCGACGCCCACCACGCCGUCUAUGAGAUGCCUGCGCCUCUGGGUCCCAUGGAACUGGACGCCGCAGAGGAUGAUCAUUCCCUGAACGGGGACACCGAGUACGGAACGAAUGGGUCGCAGCAGAUGACGGCCUACGAAGCAGCGCGGAAGAAGAUGGAUCUGCAGCUGCAAGGCCCCGUACCUGCAUACAGCCCCCCCGUGAAUGGCGCGGAACCCACGCCUGAGAAGCCGGAACUGAACAUUCCCCUAACCUACGUGACGACGACAGAACGAUCGCCCGUCUCGUCACCGACAGACAGCAACAGCAACACGUUGCCCGGAAGCCUGCCCUCUCCCCUGAGCAAUCGCGGUCCCUGGAGCAACGGCACACCGAGCCUGCCCUCGCCAAUGGCAUCCUCAACACCCGCCCUCUCCUCGCAGGGCGACAACAACACGUGCCACACGUGCCGCAGCAGCACAACCAACCCCGUCUCGCCGACCAGCCAGGGCUUUGACCGCCCAGCACUCAUCCGCGCCGAUUCGUCCCCAGCGGAGGCUCGUUCGCCGCAGCCGGGCCUGGCUCCGCCGCCCCCGUCCUUCGGCUUCCAGAGAGCUCCGAUCGACCCCUCCAAGGUCGUCUGCCUCGGCCCUCUGCCGGGCAACGUCACCUUGCCAGGCUACAGUCCCGACCCGCGCCUUCGCGGCCUCGACGUGCCGAGGUCUUCUACGCCGGGCAGCAACUGGUCGCCGGGCAACACGGCGGUGAGCAGCAACCGCAGUGAGAGCUGCGAGCAGCAGCAGCAGGCGAACCGUGGCGGCUCGGGAACGCUGCCGGAGCAUCAACGUAUCGACGCCGAUUUGGAGAUGGUGCAUGUUCCGCAAAUGGCGGAAAGGCGAUAUAGCUGGGAGGAGGAGAGGUCGCAUGGUACACGGGAAUCAUAG